UUUUUGAAGGCAAACUGAUAGUUUUUAUUUACUCAUCAGGCUUCCCUGUUCAUGCCCACCAUCAGCGAUCGCAGUUCCACUCUGGUCAGGGUCAGUUACGAAGAUGUCCUGCACUGGUCUGCUUGUGUUGUUUUUCAUAUUCAUUAAGGGUCAAACUGAAUCCUGUAACGACUCUGAUUCUGUGGCACCAAAACCAAACAUCCCUCAUUUGAAGGCUUUUAGUAAGAAGCAAAGCCUUGUGGUGACUUUGCCUGCGCGCCACACAGACGGAGAGAGUGACAUUUAUGAGAUCCAGAUAGGCCGCACUGAAACGCAAAGCAUUAUUUACAGUAGAAAAGUGAGCGUUUCUGCUGCGGCUGAACGCACCUGGACUUGGAUUUCUGACCUGCCCCUGGAAUGUGUCGAUCAUUCUGUCAGGAUACGAUAUUUCUGUAAUCAGUCUGCCCCGAGUCCUUGGAGCAACUGGACGACCAACCACGGGGUAAAAGUGAAGAAUACGCUGAGGAUCUUUCCCUCUGAUCGCGUGCUGCAGGAGGGAAAAAGUGCCACGUUCUGCUGUGUCGCCCCCCAAGGAGUCAAGAUUGCAAGCAUCAACUUCGGGAACAACCAUUUCCCCUCCACAAGCAUUGGAGCCACGGUGGAGGCCAUCACCGUGAACAACCUGACAAUCCCGACUAACAGGAUUAAGUCUUCGCUCCUCACCUGCACUGAGGGGACAGGAAAAAAGGUUUACGCUUGGAACUACGUCAGUUUUCCUCCUCAGAAGCCCCAAAACCUCAGCUGUGCCACAUCAGACAUGACAACUGUCGUGUGCAACUGGAAUUCAGGGAGAAAGAGAGAUGAGUUUGAUACCAACACCCAAACGUACAGUCUCCACAUCGAGAACUCUGAUCAGGGUCUCAUCUCUUGUGAGACAUCAUCUUGUAGAUUCCCGGCUGUGCCACAGCUGCAAGAAUACAACAUCAGUGUGAUGGUGAAGGACGAGCUGGGAAAGGAGACGGAGAGCUACAGCUUCAACAUUUCUGAAAGAGUGCUCCCUGAGUUGCAGUGCUGCAGAGCAACACGCGGGGUGACAAAUGUCAGGAUCUCCUGGAGAGUGGUGGGAAACUUGCCCCAAAUGAUGCUUAUCUGUCAGGUUUCUGCAACUCCUGGAAACAUCACACAGCAGGUGGACUGCAACAGUUCUAGUCAUGUCUGCAAAGCGGAGGUGGAACACCUGCAUCCAAGCACGGAGUACUCAAUUGUUGUGAGAUGUUCUACAAACGGAAAACUUUGGGGGAAUUGGUCAAAGCCCAAGCUGUUUAAAACAUAUCCACUGGUGAUGUUGGAAUUAUGGAAGAAAAUAGAGCCAGCGUCUGCCUCUCAAAUCCGUCAUGUUACUCUCAUGUGGAAUACACACAUCAGUGACAGAGCAGUAAGCAUCCAAAGCUACAGAGUUCAGUGGUCACAGAAGGACCGGAUGUGGACGAAUGUGACGGAUGGACGGCAGAAUCAGCUGGAAGUCACUAUCGGUCCAGAGAAGUGUAACUUCACCGUGGAGGCAAUCCUGGAAAGGGGUUACCGGGCUGCUGCACACAUUACAAUCCCACCAUCAGAGCGACAAGAAGCUCAGGUGGUAAAGAGACGGUUGAAGAGUUCCUCAGCUGAUGGUAUUAUACUGUCCUGGGAUAAAGAUAGAGCUGUCACCUGUGGCUACACUGUGGAGUGGUGCACUCUGGGAAGUGCAGUUCCCUGUACCUUGAAGUGGAUUAAAGUCCCAAAAGGAAACAAUUCUUUGUUCCUAUCUAGCAAAAAUUUCACAGCAGGACUGAGGUAUUCUUUUAACAUUUACGGAUGCACAGAAAAUGGACACAAACUGCUGGAGGUAAAGACCGGAUACUCACAGGAACUUAAGUACGUUGGGUCUCCAAGCCUUGUCCAGCCUGUUCAGACGACAUCUUCAUCUGCAACGCUGGAAUGGCUUUUUAACGAGCACGAUCCAGCUCAUCCUGCAUUCAUCAUUGGGUACCUGAUUACCGUGCAGGGGGGAAGAUCUGAUAAAGCGCCAGAUCAAGCUACAAAUGUGCAAAACUUAACGAUAGCAGAUCCCCUGCAGAAGUCUGUUAUCAUAGAGGGUCUGCAGCCAAACCAGGAAUACGUCUGCUCUGUGAGCGCUCUCACCAAAGAGGGGCCUGGACCUUCAGUCAGUGUCCCUUUCAGGACCAGGAUUAACUACCCGUCUCAGCUGGCAAAGUUCCUGGCUCCAGUCCUGCUGCUGCUGAGCUGCAUCGUUCUCCUGUGGCCCCAGCGAAAAAAGAUAAGAACUGGGCUGAAGGAAAUGUUUGCUUAUCCGGCUGGAAUGAACAUUAAAAUUCCAGAGUUUGAAAGCUUCCUGGAUGAGACCAUUCAGAGGCUGUCAUCACAGAGGAUUGAGGAGUGCAUCAGCUGUGAAAUCGAGAUAUUGAACGUCGGAGCAUCGGCCACAGCAAGGAAGCCAGACUUCACAAAUGACCUGUGUUCUCCAGGAACCCACUCCAGUCCUUCGUCCACGUCUGCUUCCUGUAUCUCAGUCCAAAGAGGCUACUGUCCCCAGUCAGCAGUGGUGCUGGUGGAAAAACCAACCUGUCUGCAAAUGGCAUGCGUCAUAAACAAGAGUUACUUCAGCACCAUUGCAGAGAGUCCUUCUGAGAUAGCAGCAGAUAGUAUUUAGUGAUCACUUCCUGCUUUAGGGCUGCUGAGUACCUGCAAGAAUGUAAUCUACAGUUAUAUUUCAGAUUACACUUAAGCAUUAGAGAAGCCAAAAGCAGAUAAAGCAGAGAAAUGGGACUCUGUAUUGAACUCUGGGAUAGAUUUGAGAAAAGUGACUUCUUUUGUUUAAUCACUUUUAAUACAUUUUUUGUCAUAUAUGUGUAUUUAUGUAGCAGCAGAUAAACUUGGGAAAGAACUUGUUUUGAAACAAAAUAAUUCUGCCAGGCCUGUUUUAAGAGAAUGUGUGAAACAGCUCACUACUAAGAAUGAUAAACUCAAAAAUAACAGAUUUUAUCGACAGGAUGUAAGUGGAGCUUAAAAUAAGCUCAACCACAUGUACAACAGGGGAAUUUGGAUCAUCAAAGACACUUUGAUGAAGCUCCAGAGUCUGGACAGAAUUAUUGAAAAGUCAAAGUUAGCUCUAAAUGUUGUGAAAAUCUGUUCUGCGUUACUUUUUGCUUUAAAUAUCGUUUGCAGUGUUUAAGAGUUAUUAGGGUUAUGUCUUUAUAAUGAAUUUCCUUCCAGGAUUCAGUCUUCAUGGAAGAGGUCACUAAUAGCCCCCUGCAUUCAUUGUAAAAUGUGGAGGGUUAAGUUUGCUGGGUUUAGAAGAAAAUAUGUUUAAAAUAUAUUUUUGUGUUUUACUAAUGUAUUUUUCCCCCAUUUAUUUUAAUUUAACUUGUUCAAGCUAGUCUGUUGCACUAAUACAAUGUUUGGACGAGUCUAAA